AUGACACCUGAGGAGCUCUCAAGGAGAAAUCAUAGAAACUCGAUGGUCCAUCACUGUAUGACCCAGUAUGUCGAACGAAAUGCUCAACAGAUUAGGUUUCUACAAGUUGUACCGACCACUUUCAUGGUGUACGACUGUGUCCUUUAUUUGGACAAAGAGAUCGACUAUAUUUGGAAGAAACGAAUGUCAAACGUCUCAGUCGCCUAUCUGAUAUUCCGAUACUUCGGCAUUGUAUAUCUAGUUUUUUAUGGUUUCCCCAUCCUUUCCAUGUGGGUCAGCUGUUUGAGCGUCUGGUUUGUGCAAGUUAUUCUGGGAUUGCGGCUUUAUGCUCUCUAUAACGGUUCAAAAAAAGUUCUACUCAUGAUAAGCUUAGGCUUUAUCGCGGAAUCCAUCGUCAUGAUUGUGUGUGUAACACUCGUCAGCAUUUCCGCAGCCCAAGGCCUACCAGUCCUCGGAACCAAGAUCAGCGCACUUCCUACUGCGGCCCGUAAAGUCUACAUCAACUACGGCGCUAUGGCAGUGUACGAGAGCAUACUUUUUUCGCUUGCUCUCUCAGCUGCCGUGCAUCGGUAUCGAGAAAAACGCGGACUACGCCUGGCCAGGAGCGAAGCAAAACGCCUGAGGAACAUUCUCAUCGAAGGCAAUGUCAUGUACUUUUUCGCGAGCACGCUUUAUGCGAUUUUCUACUUUGUGGUGUCACUUACUCUUCCUUCGGAAUGGCUUCUCGGGGUACUCCCUGUCGGCCUCGCCAUAACAAGUACUAUCGGCUGCCGCCUUAUCUUGCAUAUCCGAAGCACAGCCCCCCAUUCUUCCGCCUCGCCUGAUCACAUCGACCAUCAAAAAGCGAAUAUAUGGUUUAAACCUGUUACUGACUGGCCAUGGCCAUAAUUCCAUCAUUCCCUGUCCCUCUGAUGAUGACGAAGCCAGACCCGCUCCUCAAUCGUGGUCCUCCAAAGUUCCUCCGUCCUCCUCUUGUAGAUAGUCGGCUUAUAAUCUAUGUUCCUCCGUUGUUCUUCUGUCCACCCGCCAUCUAGCUUGACCUAAAAGUGUUGUCUGCGACUGUGUCGUGUGGCGUUUAUCUUAAUUGAAUUCAUCACAUGAAUCAACAUAAGCCAG